AUGGAGAUGGUCCUCAUCUUCACCUUCUGCCUGAUUCUAGCUGGUACUGAUGCUGUAACUACAGUAACUGGAUACAGAGGACGAUCAGUUCAGAUUAAAUGUCCCUACACAUCUGGAUAUGAAAAGAACAACAAGUAUCUCUGCAGAGGUAAAUGUUCCAGCUGGGACCUUAAAGACGUUCCUGUUCAGUCUCGAUCUCCUGCUAAAGACUCCAGAUUCUCUCUGUAUGACGACACAACAGCCAAAGUCUUCACCGUCAACAUCACUGAUCUGAGACCAGAGGAUGAAGGAACUUACUGGUGUGCGAUAGAUCGGGCAGUGUAUGAUUUUUACACAGAGAUUCUACUGCUGGUUAAAACAGAUAAUCUCACCAGUACUGUCUCACACACCACACACACCACACACACCACAUUCACUACACACAUCACACACACCACUUUAACACACUCCAUGAGUCCAUCAGUGCAUGCUGAGAACACACACUCAACAACAGGUAAUCCACUAAAUGAUUCUAACCACCCAAACUCCACCCCCUCAUCUCAGGCUGUCCCAAUGUCCACCAUCAUCACAGCUGUAUCUGUGGUUCUUGUGCUUCUUCUUAUUGUCCUGUUAUUUGCUGUUGCUUUUCAGAGGAAAAAGAAGACCAGAGUUAACGCCUCAUCUCCAGCCCAACCUGCACAAAGUUCCUCAAACCACAAUGUGGUUCCACUUCCUGAUUAUAUUUAUGACGAGAUUAAAGACAACAUAAGUCUUACUAACACACUUUACUCCACCGCUCUGACUCCCACAAACCCCUCUGAGAUUUAUUCUGACCCUGAAUUACCCACAAUUCACUCUGAUAAUUCACAAGCUGUGUAUACUACAGUGGAUCACCCAUCAGAUCCUCCUGAUCAGGACUUCUACUCCACAGCUCAGUUACCCACAAUUCCCUCUGACUCAUCAGUCAGCGCUGCUCCAUCAUCGGGUGUGAAAUCUUAG